AUGUCGGCUAUUAAUAUCCCCAGUGCGACAGCAGACAAAGAGCGACGAGGUGAACUCCAGCUAACAGAUGGGGUCGUCGUUUGCCAGAGAGAACAGAAAAACAAGGCAAAGAAGAGAUGCGACGAUGGUGACGGACGGCCUGAGCUGCUGAAACAUCGACCGGCCAGCCAGCAAGCCAGUCAACCUAUCUCGUCUGGGCUCAGCUUCUUCCCGAUCUCUCACGCGACCUUGACCCCAUGGGGUUACAUGGCCGCCGCCCGCAUUUUCGGAUUAAAGUUAACACAGCUAAGUACUACUAUACGCGCCGUUAGGCGAAGAGAGAGGGUGAUAUAA